UGCAUGAAUAUUUAGAGACGAAACACGCGCGUCGGAUGUACUUCGAUACGUGUGCAAAUUCAGUUUGGAAAUUCGAAGGCAUUUCUGACCUCAAGCGUACAUCGAUAAUAUCAAUAGUCAUGGUCGAGUGUUAAUUUUAUGCGGACGCGCGAUAUGAUGUCGCAGUAAAGGGCACGGUCACGCAAAUUUUCGGUACGGGAUCUCAUUAAUCGGCGAACGGGCGUACAUCGUACAUGCGUGCGAUUGUGCGAACCUCGCCUUUCUCUCUCGUACGUGCUCGUACACGUCGUCUUGACGCGGGGCGGGGAACGUGAGGGAGGGCGGGCACUAGGUUAUGAAAAAGUCGUGCAAAUACUGGACGGGCGUGGGUAACAUAUCGACGGUUUGUCUGUCGAACGCGAAGCGCGAUCGCGCGACGAGUCUCGGGGACGACAGUCUACCGAGUUUUUACAUGAAGGAGCAGGAUAUACCCGAGUACCUGGAGGGCUGCGGGCUGACCACCUGCACGGCCGGUGGCGACAUGCCCGAGGAUAUGGAGGUGCUGCGCGACAAUAAGGAGCAUGCGAGUAAUAAGGAGAAGAAGCUGUCAACGACGUCCAUCAGCGGCGGUGGCGGCCAAACCGACACCAAGAAGACCGUCAUGGUCAAGCAUCCGGAGUCGAAUAAACCGAAACCUACGACAAAGAAGAGUAAACCGAUCCAGGCGGAAUUGGACGUGGCCAAGGAGUUUAUCCGUUGCCGGGACGAAUGCGUGAAGCGGUUAGAUCUCAGCAAGGCCAGCAUCACGAAUCUGCCCAGUUCCGUGAGGGAGUUGACGCAUCUGAGGGAGUUCUACAUCUACGGCAACAAACUGGUAACUCUGCCGCCUGAGAUCGGUUACCUGGCAAAUCUCGAGACCCUGGCGCUGAGCGAAAAUUCGCUCACCAGCCUGCCCAACACUCUUGAGAAUCUUAAAUCGCUGCGGGUUCUGGAUCUUAGGCAUAAUAAAUUAAACGAAAUACCAGACGUGGUGUAUAAACUCACGUCGCUCACCACAUUGUUCCUGCGCUUUAAUCGAGUUAAAUAUGUCAGCGAUAACAUACGAAAUUUGACAAAUCUUACUAUGUUGAGCUUGCGAGAGAAUAAAAUCAAGGAACUACCCGCGGGUGUUGGUGAACUUGUCAAUCUUAUUACGUUUGACGUUUCGCAUAAUCAUCUGGAGCACCUGCCCGAGGAGAUUGGCAAGUGCGUGCAGUUAUCCACAUUAGAUCUACAGCACAACGAGCUCCUGGACAUACCGGACACAAUCGGCAAUCUAGUGUCUCUGACGAGAUUGGGUCUUCGAUACAAUAGAUUGUCGAGCAUUCCAAAGUCAUUGGCGAACUGCAAGAUGAUGGAUGAAUUCAGCGUGGAGGGCAAUCAGGUGUCACAACUGCCAGAUGGUCUGCUGUCCAGCCUAUCGGAUUUGACGACGAUCACAUUGUCCAGGAAUAACUUUACCGCAUAUCCGUCAGGCGGACCGUCCCAAUUCACAAAUGUCUAUUCUAUCAAUCUGGAACAUAAUCAGAUCGACAAGAUACCCUACGGUAUCUUCUCGCGAGCCAAGAACCUCACGAAGCUAAAUAUGAAAGAGAAUCAGCUGACCGCUUUACCAUUAGACAUUGGCACAUGGGUGAACAUGGUCGAGCUGAACCUCGGUACGAAUCAGCUAAUGAAGAUCCCGGACGAUAUACAGUACCUGAAGAGUCUGGAGAUACUGAUACUCUCCAAUAAUCUGCUGAAACGUAUUCCGGCCACUAUAGCGAAUCUGCGUAAGUUGCGGGUGCUGGAUCUGGAGGAAAAUCGGAUCGACUCGUUGCCAAACGAGAUCGGUUUCCUGCGCGAGCUGCAGAAGUUGAUUCUGCAGUCGAAUCAAAUCGUCUCGUUGCCGCGCGCAAUCGGCCACCUGACGAAUCUCACGUAUCUUAGUGUGGGGGAAAACAAUUUAAAUUAUCUACCAGAGGAGAUUGGUACCCUGGAAAACCUGGAGUCGCUCUACAUCAACGACAACGCAAAUCUGCACAAUCUACCAUUUGAGCUGGCAUUGUGCACGAAUCUCAGUAUUAUGUCAAUUGAGAAUUGUCCAUUGUCACAGAUACCGGCGGAGAUAGUGGCCGGUGGACCGUCGCUGGUGAUUCAAUUUCUUAAGAUGCAGGGACCUUAUCGGUCCAUGUAACAGAUUAAUUAAAGUCGCGUGCCUUCACGCGCUGCUGAGUCAUGCGUUGAUGUCGAUUCUUAAUCAUGAAAGAGAGAGAAGCAAUAUACCAUGGAAAAAAUCAUUUGAAGGAGAGAAAAGAUAUAUUUAUAAUAUGAAUAUCUGUCGACUUAAAUUCUCACUCUAAUGAUCUCACUUUAGGGAGAAAUAAAGUAAACAUUAAGAUACACUGUAUAAAACGAAUUAGAUUGCUUUGUUUCUUCAGUGUCAAAAGGAUAUUUCUUUUCAAGUGCAAAAAACGAAUUAAGUGUAAUGUAAAAUUGGUGCUGAAUAGAAUAUUUUUCUUGCAAAUAUGGGGGAGAGAAAUAUAUAUAUAUAUAGAAUAGUGUUCUUGUGCAAUUCUAACAAGAUACUUUAAAUAUCACAUAGCUUUAUUAAUAUAAAUUCAAAAAGAUAAACUAUAUAUAUUGGUAUCAUUUUUUUAAUUUGUCAUGUUAUGUUUAUGUGUUUUAUGGGAAGAUAUAAUUUGAUGUAUAUGUAUAUUUGAAUGAAUAGUUUCUAAAGAAAUUAUAUAUGGGCUAUUCACAGUAUGCUUUUACAACACAAGUUGUUUAUUUUCUUUAUAUGCAUGAAACAUGAGAAUUCUAAUUAUAUUAGUUUGUUAAGUUUGUGCUAAAAACAUGAUGCAAUUUUU